ACACACACACUAAAGUGCUGACCAGUGAAGUCCUACUGCUGACUGAGAUGCUCCGUUUCUCAAACACUGGCUCAGGACACAAUAGGUGUUCCACAAAAUAAAAAAUUUAAAAAUAUAUAUAUAUACUUUUUUUCAUGUCUUUAUGCUGGGUAUUUUUAUACUUGUUUAUAGUACCAGUACUCUAGUACCAGUACUCUGGGGGAAUACAGUUGUAUUUGUUUUGGUAAAAGGUCAAGAGUUCAAACAUGUACAGCUGGUUCUAAAGGUCAAGUUGAUGUUUGAGUUUUUAAAAACAGUUUAAGGACGUUUAACUGUGUUGUAUUUUAUUUCAUAUUUUUACAUAUAUUAUUAUAUAUGUUGUUGUUUUGGUGGUAAGAUUAAAUUGUCGUAUAUACAGUAUAUAUGCUGUAUAUAAAUAUUUAUUAUCCUUAAUUCCCACUUUUCCUCUUGUCUUUAAUGACCCAUAUUAUUUGUAAUUAUUCCAUUAAUUAAUUAAUGCAAGAAACUAAAAGAAAAAAUAUAUCGUUUUGCAUCAGUGUUGAGAGUUAAUUUUUUUUUUUAUAAACAGAAAGUUCUUCCCUCCCUUCCUGUUUCUGUGUGUGUGGAAGUUUCCCAGAGUGCAUUGGGGAUUCACAGCCCAGAUUCACAUGGACUUAUUUCUGUGGCAGCCUGUGAACGUCUGUGUGUGUGUUGAAGGACAACAGUUAACACACACACACACACACACAGAGAGCAGCUGUUCAGGCUGACGUUCAUCCGUCACGUGCUGACUCAGCAGUAACGCAGCUCCACACCAGGAGACGUUUCUUUGUCAAAAAGCUGACGAUGACGCCGUGACAUGAUCUGUUUUUUUUUUUGUUUUUUUUACAAAGUGCUACUGAACUGCAGCAGGAUCAGCCAAAAACAAACGGUGGUUGGCGUCAAAACGUGUGACCAUAAAAUCAGGGUUGUAUGAACUGAGCAGCGUCUGUGACGUCGUGAUGUUUUACACAAUAAUGAGUCAUAAAUAUCACAGAGGCGGCCAUCUUCCCAUCUUUCCGUGUCAGUUCUGAAGUAUCUCCUGGUGAAGGUGGAGUGACGUUCUCUCUUAUCGGCCUCUCCAGCCGUGGUCUCUCAGGGCUGGUUCUACUUCCUGUUUAAACGUGCUGCGUGAUAACAAAGAUGUCAGUGUGCUGAGCUGAGGCGACGGAGGCGAGGUCCGCGGAACAACACCACCACCACCACCACCACCACCACCACAGAACUGUGGGAAAACACUCACUUUUACAGUAGCGGUCACAUGACUGACGGACCUGACAACAAGGCCUCAUUCUACUGAGAGCUGAACCACCAUGAUGUUACUGCAGUAUUAUUAAGUACUGACCAGAGACAGACGUGUUCUCCCAGAGCAGCUUUUUUGGAAGAGCGCCCCCUGCUAUAUCCCAACCAGGCUUCCACAUCAUUCCCAGAGUGUCCCACGUGGUGCCCGAGAGCUGCCUGCUGAUCGUGGUCGGACUGCUGGUCGGCGGCAUCAUCAAAGCGAUCGGCGAGAAGGCGCCCGUCCUGGGCUACGAGCUCUUCUUCUUCUACCUGCUGCCUCCCAUCAUCCUCGAUGCCGGCUACUUCCUGCCCACCCGGCACUUCAUGGACAACAUAGGCACCAUCCUGGUGUUUGCGGUGGUGGGCACCCUGUGGAACGCCUUCUUCGUGGGCGGGAUGAUGUACGGGGUGUGUCAGAUCGAAGGAGCUCAGCUGGCGACGGUGGACCUGCUGUCCUGCCUGCUGUUCGGCUCCAUCGUCUCCGCCGUGGAUCCGGUGGCGGUUCUGGCCGUGUUUGAAGAGAUUCACAUCAACGAGCUGCUGCACAUCCUGGUGUUUGGGGAGUCGCUGCUCAACGACGCCGUCACCGUGGUGCUGUAUCAUCUCUUCGAGGAGUUCUCCCACGCAGGAACAGUCACGGUGGUCGAUGCUUUCCUCGGUGUCGUCUGUUUCUUCGUGGUUUCUCUGGGAGGAAUCCUGUUCGGAGCCAUUUACGGCCUCCUCGGUGCCUUCACCUCACGCUUCACCUCCCACACCCGUGUCAUCGAGCCCCUCUUCGUCUUCCUCUACAGCUACAUGGCCUACCUCUCUGCGGAGGUCUUCCACCUGUCGGGCAUCAUGUCGCUGAUCGCCUGUGGCGUCGUGAUGCGACCGUACGUGGAGGCCAACAUCUCCCACAAGUCCUACACCACCAUCAAAUACUUCCUGAAGAUGUGGAGCAGCGUGAGUGAGACGCUCAUCUUCAUCUUCCUGGGGGUCUCCACCGUGGCCGGGCCUCACGCCUGGAACUGGACCUUUGUGGUUUUCACCGUGCUCGUCUGUCUGGUGUCCAGGGUCCUGGGCGUCAUCGGUCUCACCUUCCUCAUUAACAAAUUCCGGAUUGUGAAGUUGACCAAGAAGGACCAGUUCAUCGUGGCCUACGGUGGCCUGCGCGGCGCCAUCGCCUUCUCUCUGGGCUUCCUGGUGACCGACAGUCAGAUGAAGAACAUGUUCCUCACUGCCAUCAUCACCGUCAUCUUCUUCACUGUCUUUGUGCAGGGCAUGACGAUCAGGCCUCUGGUGGAGCUCCUGGCCGUGAAGAAGAAGAAGGAGAGCAAACGAUCCAUCAACGAGGAGAUUCACACACAGUUCCUGGAUCACCUCCUGACGGGGAUUGAAGACAUCUGUGGACACUAUGGACACCAUCACUGGAAAGACAAGAUGAACCGCUUCAAUAAAACCUACGUGAAGAGGUGGCUGAUCGCAGGCGAGCGCUCCACUGAGCCACAGCUCAUUUCCUUCUACAACAAGCUGGAGAUGAAGCAGGCCAUCAUGCAGGUGGAGAGCGGCAGCUCGGCCAAGCUGCCGACGCCGGAGUCUUCGGUCUCUAUGCAGAACGUCCAGCCCAAAGAACCGGUCAGACAACGAGCGAUACCCAGCAUCUCCAAGAGUCGAGAACAGGAGAUCAGGAAGAUGCUGAGAGCGAACCUGCAGAAGACCCGGCAGAGGCUUCGCUCCUACAGCAGACACGACCUGCUGAUCGAGCCCUUUGAGGACCACGUGAGUGAGGCCCGUCUCAGGAAGCAGAGGGCGGAGAUGGGACGAAGGAUGAGUCACUACCUCACCGUUCCUGCGAACCGUCAGGAGGUUCCAUCAGUGAGAAAAGUCUGCUUCGAACCAGAACACCAGGUUUUCACCUACGACACCGAGUGUCCAAAUAUCCAGACGUCUCGUCCUCCUGACACAGUCCGCCUGUUGACCGAGUCACAUCAGAGGACCAAUCAGAGCGCAGAGCUGCAGGAACUGAGCGCAAAGGAAACAGACAUUGAGGAUCAACAGAAGGUGUCCCGAUGCUUCAGUGACCCGGGUCCAAAAAGCGACCAGGACAGAGACGGUUCCUCCACCUCCUGACGUGGUUUUCUUUUCUACGUCGGUCCUGAUCCCUGAGUGAAGAGAAGACGCUGCACUGCCUGCUAUUAAUUAUUCUUCCACACUCACUGUGUGAGACGUGGAAUCAUCCAGAACAUGUUUGUCAUUUCUUCUCUUGUCUCUGAAUGUCUUUUUCUGAGUCAAAACCAAAGCACCAACCGUUGGUCGUCCUCACCACAUUUGAUGUCUAGUAACAAAUAGACAGUGAAGCACAUGGACGUCAGCUCAACGCUGAUGCCCAGAAAAAUUUAAUCUGGACUUUCUACAGAAAUGGUGCGACCCUUCACACAUCAUAGAAUCUCACAACCAGAUGACAGUUAGCCUGACACAACCAUGCAGAACGACAGGGUAACAUUGAUAACAUUUCAAACCAUUUAAAAGCUAAUGCUACUGGUUCGUGUCAGCUAAUGUCUAAAAGCACAUAUAGCUUCUGUCUGUCUGUAACAUCAAA